ACUACACCAGCCAUACUGUACUUACCACACCACGCACCUGAGGCUUUCCCGCGGUGGUGCCCGUUAUCGUGGCCUUCCACUACUACUACUUCCCCCCAAUCGCGUACUUGCCUGCAUCGGGUCCUGGCGAUCUCGCUUCACUUCCUCCAUUUCAUCCAUCCCGCCUUCCUCCAUUCGUUCCUAAUUUUUCCUUCGCUUCCCCCCAUCCCUCCCCUCUCUCGACAAAGUCAAGCACGCUAUCCACAUGGCGUCUUCCUCUUCUCGCCAGCGGUCCUACGACUCGCUGUCCAGCUCCUCUUCGAUGCAGUCCGACGGCUCCGCCAAGCGCAUCCGUUUGCAACCCGCCCACUUCGACGAUGAAGAGCAUCAAAUACUCACUUGUCACACGCUCGAUUCGAGCAUGAGGCUGGCGCCGCAGCACGACUCGGCGCGGCUGGAAGAGCUCGAGGCUGAGGACGAGGAGGAGCUCAACGCCAGCAGCGUCCGCUUCGUCGUCUCGACCUCGAGCCGCUCGUCGAACGAGGACCGUCCAAUCUCGGCCCUCCAGGUCGACCGCAUUCGGCCACGUGACCGCUCACGGGAGGAGUACGUCAAGGCGCUGAAGCAGGGCUACAACCAGCUCAUCGAAGUGCUUCUGCGUGACGUCUCCAAAGCCUGCGACACGCUGGUCGGGUCCAAGACGGCUUCUGUCAGCAAAAUCUGCUACGACGUCUUGGCUUCGACUGAAAACAGCGUACUCCACGCCAUCCUCGACGGCAACCUGGCGUGGGACGCUCAGCACGACUGCGCGACGAGCGAGGCGUUGGAGCGGCUACGCGCACAGGCCGAGACGCAGCCGUGCAUCUACCAGCGUGUGCUCGUCGACGAGCUGAACCAGUCCCCCACGCCUGCCGAGCUAUUCGACGUGAUCGAGGGGCUGCGGCGGUACGCGCGUACCGGCGAGUGGCAGCUGGCCGAGAGCGUGGACCGGUUCCGGCAGUCGGAGCGGUGGAACGAGAACCUGGCCAAGGCCGGGCGCCGCAAGUACCUGGCCCCUCUUGCGUCCGAGUACGAGGCUCCGAGCGAGGCGCGCAUUGCCGAGCUCGAGUUCUUCUGCCAGCACCUGCACUCGCGGCUCGACGCCAUCCCGACGUGCGACUGGCACUCGCCGCUGCGCUUCCCGCUCGUCGACAUGGGCUACACGGUCAACUUCGAGGCGCGGCUGGCGGCCGACGCGCAGCACACGUCUGCCAAGUUCCUGAUGAACCUGGUCGAGGCCAUGUGCGGCGUCCUCUUCCCGAACCGGUACCGCGUGGUGCAGCACCCCGUGUACCUGAUCUUCGAGCCGCAGCAGGCCGUCAUGGCGGACCUUGUUCUGGGCCAGCUGGCGCACGCGCUGCAGGCGACUGGUGGUGGCUUCGCGUACUGGCCCACGGAUAUGCUGCACGCGUCGAGCAUGUCGGUCGACGACAAGAACUGGGCUCGCUACGAGAAGUGGGCCGUCGACCACAGUCCGUACGUAGCCAACUGCCGGGCCGACACGCCUCGCCAGGCAGCUCAGCUCGACCGCAUCAAGCGCGUCAUUGAGGAGAAGAAGCGCGAGAUGUUCGAUCUGAAGAAGGAGUAUAAUGAGGGCCAGCUGCAAAUGCGGUUGGCGGCUCGGGAUAUCACUCGCCGCGUUGCCCGGUGUAACCGGUACAGCUUCUGAGCGGGGAGAGUGCCUGAGGUGGAGCCACCUGGGCUAGGGUAUUGCUGAAGAUGAUUUCCCUUCUCAUUCCCUUUUGUUGUUUCCUUUGCGUUGGAUAUCGGCUCGGAUUGGAUCGGAUGAAACGGAAGAAAGGGGAAGGAGUGUCGUGGUCGUUGUCUCGAAACAGUUGUUUCGCACCUUUCCUUUAAUCAAGGCAGGCAGACGGGAAGAGGACGACGGACAGAUAUGUCUUGAGGGGAGCGGAUGGACAGGAAGGGUGUAGCUCCGAUCGUGCGAUGCAGCAUCGUCUUGGGUACGAGAA